CUCUCUUUCACGACAUGCCGAGGCAUACCCACACCCCCUACAUACUACCCUUGGACCUCUCUCUCUCUCUACCCCUGACAAACCUGUCCAAGCUGAAGCGACCCGAAGAGGGGGGAACCGCUUGUCUAGACUUAUAUAACUUAUGCUUGUUUAGGCAUGCUUCCCUGGGGCCCCUCCGAGUCGUCCACCAGCUGCUGCCCCCGUUCGUUAGGUCUGUCGGUAUAACCUCUUCCCUCGAAAAGAACCAUAGAACAACAAGAACAACAAGAAGACGAAGGACGGGGAAAAGAAAGAAACAAACAAAAAGGAACAGAACAUCGCAUCGCAUCGCAUCGCCCAGCAUGCCUAUCCCAUCUCGCUGGGAAUCACCUGUCCCCAACACGUCCCUGCAGCAAUGGAUUUUCGGCUCCGCAACGGCGCCCCUUCCCGACCCCGACCGCAAGGCCUUCAUCGAUGUUGAUAACCCGGACCGCUUCCUCACCUUCGCCGAGUAUCGUGCGCUCGCCAAACGAGUCGCCCUGGGCCUCCGCGAUGUGGCAGGCAUUCAACCAGGAGACCGGGUCCUCCUCUUCUCCCGGAACCAUCUUUACUUCCCGUCCAUCUUCCUCGGCGUCCUCAUGGCCGGUGCCGUCUUCACCGGCGCCAACCCUACCUACGUAGCCCGCGAGUUAGCUUACCAGCUCCGCGACAGCGGCGCCCGCAUCGUCGUCACCGCCCAAGACAGCUUGUCCGUCGCGCUCGAUGCCGCCGCCCAGGCCGGCCUGCCCGCCGACCGCAUCUUUGUGCUCGACGACAGCAGCCCCGACGACUCGUCAGCGUCACCACCAGCAUCGGAGACGACCCGUCACUGGACCAAACUCGUAGCCAGCCGGCAAGCAGCCGAGUCGUACGAAUGGGUCGAGCCCGCCGACGCCCGCGAGACCACGUGCUGCCUCAACUACUCGUCCGGCACCACCGGCGUGCCCAAGGGAGUCGAGAUCUCGCACUACAGCUACGUCGCCAACGGCGUCGGCGUCGUCGAGAUGUCGUCCCUGGCCGAAGACCACGCCGAGGCCGUCCUCCGCUCGGCCGGCCUCUGCUUCCUGCCCAUGUACCACGCCUACGCCCAGACCUACUUCGUCGCCAACUUCGCCAAGAUGCGCAUCCCCGUCUACGUCAUGCCGGCCUUUGACUUCCUCAAGAUGCUCGCCCACGUCCAGCGCUACCGCAUCACCCAACUGACCGCCGUGCCCCCCGUCCUCGUGGCCCUCGCCAAGCACCCGGCCGCCCGCCAGUUCGACCUCUCCAGCAUCGAGUCUGUCGGCUGCGGCGCCGCCCCGCUCGGCAGCGACACCCAGGCCGCGGUGGAGCGCAUGUUUGCCGAUAAGAACAGCAGCAACAACAACAACAACAACAACAACAACAAAACCAAAACCAAAACCAACGACAAAACCAACGACAACCCCCUCCUCGUGCGCCAGGGCUGGGGCAUGACCGAGCUCACCUGCACCGCCAUGACCUGGGACCCGCGCCGCCACGACGGCAAAAGCAACGCCGUCGGCGAGGUCAUGCCCAACUGCCGCGCCAAGCUCGUCGACGUCGCCACCGGAAAGGAGGUCACCGCCCCGCACACCCAGGGCGAGCUGUGGGUCAGCGGCCCGACCGUCAUGCGCGGCUACUGGCGCAACCCGAAAGCCACAGCCGAGACCAUCGUCGUCGACUCGGAGGAGGGCAACAACAACAACAACAACAACAACAACACCCGUACCCGUUGGCUGCGCACCGGCGACAUCGCCUACGUCGAUGCCUACCGCCCCGGCGCGCUCUUUUUCAUCGUCGACCGCAUCAAGGAGCUCAUCAAGGUCAAGGGGCACCAGGUCGCCCCCGCCGAGCUGGAGGCCCUGCUGCUCGAGCGCCCCGACGUCGCUGACGUUGCCGUUGUUGGGGUCACCGUGCGUGGUGAGGAGGUGCCCCGUGCCUAUGUUGUUCGUACGCCUGGAUCUACCGCUUCGCCUGAGGAGAUUUCCGGGUGGUUGGACGGCCGGGUAGCGAGGUUUAAGCGGCUCAGGGGGGGUGUUGUAUUUACCGAUAAUAUUCCCAAGAAUCCGUCCGGGAAAAUCUUGCGCAAAAUCCUCCGCGAAAAGGCAAAGCAGGAAGUCGGAGACAGCGAUCCAAAGCCUUCGAAGCUGGCUUGACCAUUUCCCAUAUUUCAGGAGAAAUGUUGCUAUCGUCGUACGCAUACUAUACAUACUUACCUUCUACUUUUGGCACCUCUGAUCAACAUGAAAUAUAAUAAAUGCGUCAUAUCCGGUGAGCGUGGGAACGGGAGGAGACGGGAGAGAGGAGAGAGGAGAGAGG